CCCCCUCUCUCUCUCUUGCAAACAUUUGAUUUCCACAGAAAGAAUAAUGCAGAUUCUUGACAGAUACCUCCUUGUAUUGGAAGCAAGAAGCUACAUUUGCUAGAUCCAACCUCUUCGACACUCCAAGUUUAGGAAAAUGGGUGGCCUUAGAGAAUCAUGGUGUUUCUGCAAAGGGGUGAGCAAGUCCGAGAGAAUGAAGGCCGCCAUUUUCUCCGGUAAAGCUCAGGCCAUAGCCACAAUCUCCACCGCCGCUGAUGGGAUCUCCGCUGCCGGAUUCUUGAUCCACCGCAACUUGCUUUUGACUACCCAUGCUAAUCUUCCCUCCGUCGCCGCCGCCGAGAGCUCCGAGAUCCGCCUGCAAAACGGCGUCGGUUCAACUCUUGUCCCUCACAGGUUUUUCAUUACAAGCUCUGUAUUAGAUCUUACAAUAGUGGGUAUAGAUGAUGCGGAUGGGGAAUCAAAUACCCAGGUUCAAUGCCCUCCCUACCUGAAGACCUGUUCCAAAGUUAAUCUGGAUCUCGGAAGUGCAGUUUACCUUUUGGGCUACACAGAUAAACAAGAGCUUACUGUUGGUGAGGGAAAGGUAGUCAUUGCGACCGAUAAUCUUAUAAAACUGUCAACUGAUGGGAUUGUAUGGAGGCCAGGAUCUGCUGGGUUUGAUGUACAUGGGAAUCUAGCAUUUAUGAUUUGUGAUCCAAUGAAAUUAUCCUCAUCUCCAAAUACUAAAUCCUCUUCAACUUCUUCAUCAUCCUCAACCUCUUGGAAGAAGGAUCUCCCUAUGCAGUUCGGUAUCCCAAUUCCUGUCAUAUGUGAUUGGUUAAACCAGCAUUGGGAAGGCAGCCUUGAUGAGCUUAACAAACCAAAAUUGCCAAUAAUUCGGUUGAUGUCUACCGGCCUGAAGAGUGAGCAUUCAUGCACUUCCUUCACACAGCGGCAGGUUUUCAAGUCAACAGAGGCUGACAAUAAUGAUGGCACCGGGUCUUCAUCAAUUAACGUGUCAAAGACAAAUGAUCGAGGACCAAGCUCUUCUGCUGCUGCAGUUAACACUGUUGAAGAGACUUUGAUCACAAAUCCUAACACUGCCCAUGUCCAGGGAAUUCCCACUCCAGAAAUAUAUGAAUCACCAAGAUUAACUUCUAAUCCUUUGAGGAGAAAGGACAAUAUGCCAGUACAGCUUUUGGAUAUCAAUUUUCCCCCAAGGAUUACCAAACCUACGGGUUUACAACCGUCUCAUCAAGAACUGCAUCCACAUUGUACCAAGGAAUCUUUAUCAGACAACCAGUUAGAAGGAGAACAAAACCAAAACAGGAGACCAGCAACUCCUGUUGUAGAGGUUUCCUCAACGGGUUCUGUGAAUGGAGCGCCAAGCGAGGUUCAAUCUAGUUCGUCACCGAUGCAAGUAUUAGACAUGCACCACGAAUACAGCAGCGAAGAAGAGACCAUGUACUCUGCAGAAACUGCCGAGAGUCGCAACUAUACAAGCCCCAGAGAGGUGAAGUUUCAAUCAGUAAGAAGGAGCCAGAGUUGUGUUGGUUAUAACAGAUGGGGGUCUCACCUAAGGAAUCCAGCAGCACGCAGGACGAUGCUAGAAAACCAGAGGAGCUUCAUCAAUGGGAAAAAAAUGUAUUCACAAGGGGCAACUUCUCAGAGGAGUAAUGACUACUUCAGCCCCACUGUAUCCUCCAUCAUGAAGCGCAACAACAUGGAUAAUACAGUCAGACCCCGGCAAACUUCUGUUCAUUCUUCACCAAGAUGGCUGUUUUGAUAUAUACAUGAUGAUAUAUUGAUACCCCCGAUCUCCGGAAAGCAUUAGAGAGAAAACAGUAGAAGAGUAUAGUUUUUUUUCAUCUUGUUUUUCUUUUUUAUGAAUCAAUGGGCCCAUCUGAUUUCCUUAUUUGCACUGUAACUACAUUUUUUGGAACAGAUGCAAACACUGGUUAUGGUGAAUAAGAAAAUUUCGCUCAAGAUGUAGAUUUCUUCUAAAUGAAUGA